UGACUCCAUAAGGGAGAUCCAGUCCUUCUCUCUGAGGAAUCUGGAGACACUGGACAGAGACCCUUCCCAACCUGCGUGGACCUCUUUGAGAAUUACUCCUUUUAGAAGAGCAAGUAAGGAUUUGUGCACACCUUCUCCCUGUCGAGAUAAUCUUCAAAGAACCAAGAACAACGAUGGGCAAUGCAAUUACAAGCAGUUAUCUCUUGAGACAAUUUGAAGAAUUCAGGAGUGAUUUGAGUCAAGGCAGCGUUCACAAAAUAGCAUUGGAGUACGAACAACAUUUAAAUGAAACCACAAAUCUGCCCCUUAAUAUUGCAGUUACUGGGCAGGUAGGUGCUGGUAAAUCCUCCUUUGUCAAUGCCAUUCGGGGUGUAAAGGAUGACGAUGAAGAGGCAGCCACAGUUGGGACAGUAGAACAAACCAAGGAGCCAAAGGCAUAUCCCCACCCUUCUUUCCCUAAUAUAAAAAUAUGGGACCUUCCAGGGAUUGGAACAUCUAGGUUUAAUGCAGCAGAAUAUGUGCAGAAAGUCCAAUUUAAAAAAUAUGAUGUCUUUAUUAUGGUUAUCUCUGAACGCUUUACUGAAAACGAUGCUUUGCUGGCCAAAGAAAUACACAGAAUGAGGAAGAAGUGUUACUAUGUGCGUUCUAAAAUUGAUACCAGUAUCGAAAGUGAAAAGAGGAAAAAGAAUUUCAAUAUGGACAAAACCCUGGCGACCAUCAGGAAAUAUUGUGAAGAUGGUUUGAGAGAGGCAGGUGAUCUCUCUGCCAGAGUAUUUCUGAUCUCUAGCUGGAAGGUACACAUGUAUGAUUUCCCUCUCCUGCAAGAGAGAAUAGCCGCUGAACUUCCUGACCAGAAGAAAGAUAUUUUAACACCAUCUCUGCUUAUUUUCUCUGAAAAUGAAUUGAUGAGGAAAAAAGAGCUAAUGCAAUCAUAUAUAAAGAAGGUGGCAUUGGUAUCUUGUGUUUGUGGAACAUUGCGUGUUCCAGGUCUCUCUAUGCUUUGUGAUAUUGGAAUAUUGCUGAAUGCUCUGAAACGUAUCUGCAACACAUUUGGCUUAGACAACCAGUCCCUCCGGUUUCUUGAAUUUCAGACGGGAAUAGAAUUUGAAGAGUUGAAGUCGGCUAUCAAGAAAACCCCAUUAGCCAAUACAAUCGACAUAGGAUUGGUAUUUUCUCGAUUGAAGAAGUCGUCUCUCUGGGUAACUGUGUCGGCUGUGGAAUUGGUUCUUGAUUUUAUACCUGUUUUUGGGUCUGUGUUUGGUGGAGCAAGUUCAUUUGCUGUCACAUACUAUUUUCUGAACAGCUUUCUGGAUGAUGCGGUGGAAGACGCCCAAAAUCUUCGAGCAAAGCUUCUUGAGCGAUCAGAGUCCCAGGGAAAGCAGCCAUCCUCUUCCCCUUCAAUUAGACACUCAAGCAUUUCAUCCAAAUGAGAGUAAUAAUGUUUCAAUAGCUUAUUAGAACUACCUGCUUUCUUUCUUGUUUUAAUAAUUGUCCAGUUGACGUAUGUGCUUGAGGGCAAAUCACUAUCUUUUCUUGAAGAUGUUUCUCUUCUCAUCCAAAAAGUUUCUUCAGUUCUUGGAUGAGAAGCGAAAUGUCUUCAAGGAAAAACGAAGCCCAGUUGCCUUUUGAAAAAGUAUCUUUGGGACAGCCAGGACCUGAAUGAUCAAGAAUCUCCAUAGACAUCUGUCUGCAGAUGUUUCCAUGGGAAGUCCAAAAUUAAAUAUCUAUAUUCUUUUGGUGGAUGCUCUUCUUUUUUUCUUUUUCCUGUUCUAUGUGUUCACUAUUAUAAAUAAAAAAAACAGUGGAGUUUUUACUAUGAAACUCACAAUAUUAGAAUCCUUUUUUAAAAAUAUCAUGAAAACUACUCAAUGUACUCUUCUAAAGUUAUUAAUGUCACACUGAGCAUUAUUUGUAUACCU